GUUCUGAGACAAGACGAAACUUUCAUUUGAAAUAUUAAAGAUGGUGGAGGCGGAGAGCGGCUCCCUCAUGUUGGAGAAUGAACGGCAAAGACAGCAGUACGAAAAAUGUCUUGAUGAGAUAGCCAAUCAGGUGGCCCAGGCCUUGUUGGCGCACAAGGGAGCUAUCUUCAAAAUGGUUGUCUCUUUACCUCAUAUGUAGCUCUACGUGUCGAUUUAAUACAUUUAUUUCUUAUAAUAUCAAUCUAUAUUUUUCAUUAAUAUUUUUUAACAAAUAUAAAACUUAAUAAAUACCAUACUUUUUCUGUUCAAGAUAUUAUUGAUGUUUCAUGACUACAGAUAAAAGGAAAUUGAUUUAACCCAUUGAUGCCUAAUUUGCCUUCCUGCAUCAACAAUGGAACAUAACUCAGUUUUUAAAUGUAGAAUAGUUAUUUAAAUUUUUAUUAAAUUUAAAAAUGAAAUGUUAUAAUCAAGAUACAAAAAUAAGGUUAUUAAGAGAAAAACCUUUUAAUUAUCAUAUCUGAAGUUGACCAUCACGUAUUGAACACAAAUUUGAAAGCUGUCUGGUGAACUUUUGAGAAAAGUAAAUUGUAAUUUUUUUGGGCAUUUUAAGACAUAUUAGAACUUGGUAUUUGUUGGUUAUAUAUGAAGAUUUCUUUCUAUCUGACAUUUUAAAUUUAAGAUCAUUUGAUUCAAGAGGCUUCGUUUCAUGAAUAUUUUUAGUAAUUAAAAAAAAAAAAAAAGUAUGAAGUCGUUGACCUCUUUGGGCCACAUAAUUAACUCAACUUUACUUUGGAGAAAGCACACCGCCCUAACUGCCUAUGAGCACAACAGCUUUUCAAAUAUAUAAAUUCUUGUCAAGAAUAUGUUGUUUUUUUAGGUAUAAUCUUUUUAUUUUCUUCUAAUAGUUAAUACAAGAAGAAGCUAUGCUUAUAAGCCAAGCCUAUAUGUAUAGAUUGCUUACAACCGGACUCUUGUCUGAAGUGGACUCUUGUCUUGUCUGAAGUGGACUCUUGUCUUGUCUGAAGUGGACUCUAGUCUGAAGUGGAAUCUUGUCUGAAGUGGACUCUUGUCUUGUCUGAAGUGGACUCUUGUCUGAAGUGGACUUGUCUGAAGUGGAAUCUUGUCUGAAGUCGACUCUAAUCUUGAUCAUGGGCAAGAAUGUACCAUGUGAGUUCAUCUUAAAUUUUUAACAUAUUUCAAUAGAAAAUGUCAUACAUAUUUGAUGCUGUUUUUUUUAACCUUUAGUAAUAUCCUGAAAUUUUAAUUGCUUUUAAAUUGUUUUCUAGAUUUAUCAAUAGAAUAAACUUAAGCGUUACCCAACUGGAUGGCCCAUCACCAGCCCCAAGAGUGGAACAACCAGCACCACAAUGGAAAGCUACAAAAACAGAUCUGCCAGCACCAACCAUUGUAAUCAAGAGAUUAAACAACUCACCAGCCACUGUAAGCUGCAGGGUUUAAAGGGACUAUAAAUCUUUACCUAAAAUAAAUUAUUUACACUUAAAAAAGAACAAAUUUCAAGUGUAAAAAUAAAAUAUAAAAAGUUAAACGUUAUUCCUCUAUCCAAAACAUUUUCAUGUAAGCUUCAAUUUAAAAUUGUAUAUCCUAUAACUUUUGCUGAGCUACUUAUAGAAUCCCAUAAUAGUAAAAUAAAUAAUCAAAAUUAAGUUAUAAACAGACUUAAAAACAUGUUACUCUGAUCUUAAAUUAUUGUAAUCUUCCUUUUUUUAAACCUGCAGAAGUCUAAAUCAGGAAGAACAAGUACAUUAGAAGGAAUCAAUGGAUUCUGAGGGACUAAGUACUUCAUCAAAGGAGGGCCUCAUUGGAUUCUGAAAGACUAAGUACAUAUUGGAGUCAAGAUUAGGAGCUCAUUGAAACCAAAUAAUUGCAUUCAUUACAUUUGACAGUGAUAUUUAUAUUUAAGUAUGAUUAUUACACCAGUUCAGUGGUUCUCAACAUGUAGGUCAGACAUCCCAGGGGAAUGUGCAACAAAAACCAGAAAUUUGAGUGGUUUUUAAAUUUUUUUAAUGUUUAUCUUAUAUGCAACACCUUUCAUUUUAAAUUUAAAAAAAAAUGAAUGUGGGCCUCAACAACAUUGCAAAGCUAUCCAGGGGUCACUGUCUAAAAAGGCUGAGAACCGACAGCACUAACCAUUAAUUUAAUAAAUUGUCGGAAUGUUUAAAAAAAAUUGUAAUCCUCAUUUGCAUAUCACAUGACUUUUCAUAACUGCCGAGUAAGUAUACAGUCUAUACAAUCUAUCUCCUCUGCCAGUCUGAUAUGGUGGCUCUUAAUAACUUGAAUGACAAUCAUUUACAGGUCAAAGAAUACUACUUCUGUCGAUUUUCUGCCUCUUAGGAAGUUUUGUAAAUGGUUGGCUUUCUAUUCCACAGCUACCUCUCUUUUAUAUUGUACAAGCUCUUUUUAGGUUCUUUCGUAGUUUUGUGUUACACUUUCUGCCCAUCUUAUAACGCUGUCCUGGGAAGUGAGCUUAGUGGUAUUCUACAAAUAUACCCAAGGGGCCUCCGGUAAUUAUCUGCUUUUAAUUCAUGCCCUUUUCAACACAGAUGUUGUUGCUCUUGAUUGACAUUUCAUUUCUUCAUUGCAUCGUCUUUGGUCAGAAUUUUUCUAGUUCAGCAUUAUAGGCAUUUGGUUUCUAGCUUCCAUUUGAAUGUGAUAGUGGUCUUCCAGCAUAGAUAAUAAUCAACACAUUGUCACCAUCACAAUUGUCACACCUCACUUCCUAGGCACGUACACUCUCAAUGUUAUAUGUGUAGAUAUAGUUUAUGAUACUAUAUGUGCAGAAAAAGUAGUUUAUAUGUGUAGAAAAUUUUGUUUUUAGGAUAUUUUAGGUGCAGAAAAAUAUUUUAUAUUAUGUAAUGUGUUAUAUAUGUAGAAAAAUAGUUUC